AAUGGGCAUUGAUUACAAUCGAUGGUGGCAUUUAAAGGAUGAAACAUUGGGCGAGGAAUUAAAAGGAUAUAUCAAAAUGAUUGAAGAAGAUUAUCUUGUUUAUUCUGGAACCACCUCACAACUUCAUGUUUCAAAACUCUCAAAUGGAUCAGUUAAUAGUAUUGUUAAUGAAAUUCUGGAGCAACAAGGAUCCUGGAGCAUUAUUUAUUAUAAUCAGAAAUUGAAAAAACUUUUCAUUGGAAGAGAUGUUUUUGGAAGACAAUCUUUGGUUUUUAAUUUCGAAUCGAUGAUUUUUGGAUGUAGAACAAAGCCAGAAACAUCUGGGAAAUGGAUUGAAAUUCCAUUCGGACAAGUGACUGUUUUUAGUCUUGAUUCAACUGAUCCAGUUAUUUAUUCAUAUCUUGACGAGUAUCCAGAGAAUGUAUUGGAUGGCUACUUUUCUGGGUCGGAUAUCUCUCGAAUUGUGGUCAACAAGAAACAUGGAUUAUUGAAUGUUAGUAGAUCAACUGGAGGAGAAAUUGACUCAUUUAAUACCAAAGAUCUCUUUCAAAAAGUUAUCGAUGCGACUAAGAUUCUAUUGAAAAAUUAUCAUGAAAGCCACGUGGCAGUAUGCUUGUCUGGAGGUGUCGAUUCUACAUUUGUUGCUCAUGUUGUACAUUCAAGUGUUCCAGAGAAUAUGCAAAUUGAUCUAAUUAAUGUGGCAUUUGGUAAUAGUGAGAAAGAAUGUGAACAAGCACCUGAUCGUAAACGUGCCAGAAAGGCGCUGGAAUCAUUUCGAACUGCAUACCCAACUCGCCAAUUUCGCCUCAUUCUUGUCAACGUUGAUAGCCAAACCCUCGAAGUGAAUCGCAAAGAAUCUAUCUCAGAUGCAGCUCAACCAGCGAGUUCAGUACUUGAUGACUCACUGUCUUGUGUUCUGUGGUUUGCUGUCAGAGCCGAAGGAGUUGAUAGUGAGAAUCAACAAUCAGUGAGGUCACCUGCAACUACAUGCCUUCUGGGAUCAGGAGCAGAUGAACUUCUUGCCGGAUACGCAAGGCAUCGAACUCGAUUUGAGAAGGAACAAAUUCCAGAAAAUGUAGCGGAAGAAUGUGAAAAUGAAUUGCGAAGGCUGGGAUCGAGAAAUGGAGGAAGAGAUGCUAGAGUUGCUGCUCAACUUGGGAAGACCAUUUUAUCUCCACUUCUCGAAGAUACCGUAGUCACUUGGCUCAACGCACUUCCAGUCGAUUCCAAAUGGGAUCUAUCAUUGCCACGUGGAGUUGGAGAGAAACAAUUGCUCCGAGAGACAGUGAAAAUGUUGGGAUCCCCAUAUGAUGCUCCGAAACAGGCAAUGCAAUUUGGAUCGAGAAUGGCAAAAAUGAGCAACGCUGGUGAUAAUUCUAUCAAAGGAAGUGAUAAAUCUCCGCAUUUAUUGAAAACUGAUGUGAAUUGAUGUUUGAAUGAUUACUUGUUGAAAAAUAAAUUGAUAAUUUGGGUA